AUGCGGAUCACGUCCGCACCCCUCUGUCCCUCGGCCACGCAUCGUCCAGCCUUGUACGGUCUCGAUCAUUUUCCGGGAGAGCAGCAGCAGCAGCAGUACGAGCCGCGCUCGCGGGUGCUGCGGGGCUGGCCUGCGAUCCGGAUCUCCUACGUCGAGAUCCAGGGGACCGGCUGGCCGCUCGCCGAGUCAGAGCCCGGACUGUUCUGGCUCGGACCCUACCACCCCAAUGCAAGGUCGCUUGGAGAGCCUAGGGUCUGCUGGCGGUCCACACGGCGCCUCGAUUGGCUGUUCGACAAUACCUCCCUCGACUGGGUGUGCACUCCCACCUCUGUGCGAGCCAUUGCCGCGAUUCGACCUGAAGACCCACCGAACACGCUGCCGAUGAAGCUUGUGAUGAAGGUGCUCCACCCUUUGCGGCUUCCGCUCUGCAGCGACAAUGGAAUGCACGACUUGCCAGGCGGCGCGUCCAUGCUCGGCUUCAAAGCCUGCCUGGGCCCCGCCUGCGAUUGUGGCGUCGCGCGUGAUGCCCUCAAGCGGCAAUCCUCGCCCGAUUUGGACUGCGAUUGGGACCACGAAAGCGCCCCCCGAGACGAUGCUACGGAUCAGUGCUGA